AUGGGUUCAAAUGUUUGUAAAACACUUCAUUUACCAUUAACAUCACAACAACAACGUCGUCAUGAUUUAAAAGAUUCACGUUUUGAUCAAAAUGAUAAUAAUCAUAAUAAUCGCAAUGGCGGUGGUAAACGUUCAUUAAAUUUUGGUAUACACAAUAGUAAAAAACAAGGUAAAAUUAAACAACGUGUACAAGUACAACCAAUAACUGAACGUUUAGUUGAAGUUAAUACAUCAUAUUUGGAUCAUAUACAAUCGAAUAUACGUAUGGAUGAUAAAAAUAAUUUUAUUGAACAAUUAAAUUGUUCUUAUUGUGAAAAGAAAAUAUUUACUGAUAAUAAGAAUGAUGUUUUAGAUCAUAAUUCGCAUCAUUCACAUAAAAAUCAUCCUCGUACACCAUCACCGGAUACAACAUUAACCGUAAGACCUGAAGUUAUGAAUAUUCCAUCAAUAGAAGAUGAUGAUGAUGAUGAUAAGAAAUUGAUUGCAACAACACCGCUAUCUGAUCGCAGUGCUGAUAAUCCCGAAGAAAAAUCAUUAUCAGAUUCGAUAAAAGUUUCACCAUCAGGAUCGCAAUCAACAUCGUCGUCAUGUUCAUCAUCGUCGUCAUCAUCACCGCAACGAAAUGUCGAUCCAUUUCCAAUCAUAAAUGAACAUGAAAAUGAUGAUGAUAAUAACGCUGAUAAACCUGGUUCGAUUAGUCCAAUUCUUUAUCGAUCUGUAUCGACUAUUCCAAUGUGUUUAGAAGAAGAAGAAGAAGAAGAAAAUGAAGCAGAAGAUGAUCAUGAUGAACAUGGUGAUAGUAUUAAUGAAUUACCUAAGAAAAUGAAUAAAUCAUCAACAACGAAAAACAAUCAAUUUAUGGCUAUAACAAAUGAAAAAUUUCCACGUAAAAAAUGUCGUAGUCUACCUAGAUUGGAUAGUAAAUUUAAUCUACUCAUACAGAAUUGGAGUGAUUUAGAUUUAUUGACAAAAGAAUUUGUAAAAACUGGUGAUAAAAUGAAUAAUAAUAAUGAAAAAAAUGGCGAAGAAUUUUGUGAAUUUUGUGAAUAUAUAAAAGGUGGUGGUGCGGAUAAAACAUCAACAUGGACAAAUUUGGAUAAAGAUGUUACAAUGCUAAUUGAUAUGGCCGAUCGUCUUGGUAUGAUGAUUAUGGAAAAAGAAAAAGAUAAAGAAAUUAGUGGUGGUGGUGGUAGUGCUAUUCAAAACAAAUCAGCACUUCUUUUACAACAAGAAGAUAUUGUUGAAGAGAAAAAAGUAUCAUUAUCAUAUUUGGAAAAAUUAAAUAAUUCAAUGGAUUUAAAACAAAAAGUACAUUUUUUACGUAAAAAACGUCAAGUUGGUAUAUCUGUAAUGAAAACAUCCGGUGGUAAAUGUUUAAUGGAUUUUAAUGAUGGCCAAAAUAGUUAUCAAAUACAAA